CAUGGCUACGUCACUCACGUGCCCCUGGUGGCUAACUCCAAGCACAACGGCGCUUGAAAUUGAAUCCCUCAACGUCAAGAUCAAUCAUCAACAUUGAACAGAGCAAAAACACCUUCUGGCCAAUAAGCCGUUCCCAGCAGUCAAGAUGGCACCCAAUAGCUUUUCCCUAUCUUCGCGCAUUCCCUUGGCUAAUGGGCUGUCCAUUCCAAGGAUCCAUCUUGGGGUGUAUCUGAUGACAGGAAAGGAGGCCCGGUCCGCAGUGCAGCAUGCUCUCCAAGCUGGUUAUCGAGCCUGCGAUUCCGCCCAAAUGUAUCGCAACGAGGCAGAGUGUGGCCAAGCCAUUCUGGAAUUUCUCAAUGACAAAUCGGUAAACACAAGUGGCCUAACGCGGGAGGACAUCUUCUUCACCUCCAAGCUAGCAACUAAUUCGACAUAUGCAACGGCGAGAAAGUCCAUCAGCCAGUCGGUCAAGAAAAGUGGGCUCGGCUAUAUUGAUCUCUUCCUUCUACACAGUCCAUAUGGUGGAAAGCAAGCGAGACUCGACAGCUGGAGAGCCCUCGAGGAUGCCAUCGCCGAUGGGGAAGUCAAGAUCGGUGGCGUCAGCAACUAUGGAGUCAAACAUUUGGAAGAACUCAUCGCCUCGAAACCCCGCAUUCUGCCCGCCGUAAACCAAAUUGAGGUGCAUCCGUUCAACACCAGAACCAACAUCACCUCCUUUUGCCAAGAGCAUGGAAUUCUGGUAGAGGCUUACGCCCCAUUGGCAAGGGCUCUACGAAUGAAGCACCCUAUCAUUUCGGGGCUUGCCAAAAAGUACAAUUGCACACCGGCGCAGUUGAUGAUUCGAUGGAGCUUACAGCAUGGGUAUAUACCUUUGCCAAAGAGUGUUUCCAAGGAACGCAUCCGGGCCAAUGGCGAGGUGUCGCACUUUGCAAUAGACGAGCAAGAUAUGCAAAGGAUGGAUGAUCUGGAUGAAUACCUGGUGACAGACUGGGACCCUGUUGAUACAGACUAAGUCUGACCUCGUUCUGCAAAUGGUUUGCAGCCCUCGUUGAACCAAGAAAUUUGUCGACUUCCCUGCUACCAAACUUGUCAUACAGCCGAUUGCAUGGCCAAGCGGACUUGACCCCGCAGAAUGCAUUAAUGCGUAAGUCUUUCAGAUGUCGAUAGACCAUGGUAUGGCGAUCAACUUCACAUGGAGGCCAAAAGCGAAUCAUAUUGGGACAAAACACUUACUGGUUCCGGCGAUUGAAGUGAAGCAAUGACAACAGGAAACGCCCGUCUUUUAGGAUCUUGUGCGUACCUUGGCGCCGUUUCUGGAGGCACAAAAAGCGAUGAGUAUAGAGCCAAACCACGAUAUUCUUCUUCGGGGACCACUUAUUCUAUACUAGCCUUUUGGCCUGCCGUAGUGCCGAUGUGCCUGCCAACAAUUAAAACACCUAUUCCACACUACUAAGGAUUGUGUGGAUCUCAUGCAGCUGUGUUUAUGAUGCCAUCAAUCAUUUGUGGAAUGCG